ACCUUUUUUGCAAACCAAUUUUAACAAUUAUAUGUUAACUUUGAGCUAGAAUAUUGCAGAGUGCAAGAGUUCUCUUAUUAUAUUUACUCUAGUCUCAGAAGAACUUAUUUAGAUUCAAUUUUUGUGGUUAUAUAGAGGAGGAAAUUCGUGUUGCAUGCAAAAAAUAAAGGUUACUAUCGGUAAUAAGUAUUUGUGCAGACUUGAGACUGGAUCAUUUGAUUGUUAUUAGUUUUGUUGUCUUUGGUGGUGAGAAUUGUUUACUACCAAUUGCUGGUUUACUGGGCAGUUGUUGAUACAAAAGCUUCAGAAAUACUUACGUAUUUAUACAAUAAGAUUGCUGCCUAAAAUUUCUUGAUGCGUGAAAAUAAUCAGAAGUUUGUAUACUAUUAAUAAUACAAUGUGUAUAUAAAGGGAUAUAUUGUUUGCUAUUUGGAUUGAGUGUUUUCAUGUCAUUAGACAUGCAAUAGAAUUUGGGUUAAAACUGUGGAAUUAAUCAGUGUACACUUAUCCACAACACAAUGGAUCAUCAGUCUAUUUCGGAUAAAACUGAUACGAAUCCAAAUCCCAGACCUUCUUCGUUGCGGACAAACUCUACCAAGCGACCAAUGUUUGGGUGCAAAGGGAAAAGUUUAAGUUUUGAAGACAAAAUUUGUACCGUGAUCCCAAACGACUCAGUAUUUCUACAAACUGAAUCCGACCAUGAAGAUGAGGAUCGAAUGUGUUUUAGUUCUUUUGACAGCAGGUGGUGGGAACCGGAUGGCGACAGAAAUUGGGUGCAGUACUGUAUGAACACAUCCAUUCAUGGGCUUAAAUACUUAGCAGAAUCCAAGAGACACAUUUGUGAACGGUUGUUUUGGGUGUUGGCGUUCGGAAUUAGUUGUUUGACAGCAUCUCACCUAAUCAACUCUGUAUGGCUCAAGUACAGUCAAAGUCCGGUGGUUAUCACAUUUCAACCAUUCGAAACUUUUGUAGAACAAGUGCCAUUUCCAGCAGUCACAAUAUGCAAUAUGAACAAGGUGUUGAAAAGCAAAGCCGACGAGUACAUGAGGGCAGCCAUGGGUCCGGAAAAUGACCCACAAACUGUAGAAGCUUGGAAGAACGUGUAUUAUUUGGACCACGUUUGUUCCACUUCAAACAAGCCUUUUUCUGCAACCUUCAACUACACCUCAACACAGGGCACUGUUGAUCCGACUAUUUUACAACUGGCUUCCAAUAAAAUUACAACGGGCGAUAAAGAUGUGGAGGAUGUGGCAGAGUUUCUACAAAAGGCAUCUCAGCCUUGCUCGGAUAUGAUGAAGCUAUGCUUAUGGCAAGGCAAUGUGUACGACUGCAGCGAACUGUUUCGACCAAUUGAGACAAAUUUUGGAAAGUGUUGUACAUUUAAUAUGGUCCCCCAAACAUUAUUGCAUCGCUACAUGGAUGAUGCGAGAGACGCUCCGCAAGACAUAAGUGAUUGGAAUGAGUGGACGAGCAUGAGCGAGCUUAUCUCCAAAGGUGACCUUUCAUCAAGAAAAAAGUUCCCCAGAGUUCAAAAUCGCGCAGGAAAAGUUUCUGGAUUAGCAUUCCUUGUAGACCCGGAUUUAGAAGAAUACUUUUGCACGGCUUCUGAUUCUACAGGAUUUCGGCUUGCAACCCAUUUAUCAACGGACGUCCCACACGUAACAGAUUUCGGUUUAGCAAUCAGGCCCAAUUAUGAACAUUUUGUCAGCGUUCGACCUGAAAUUACACUGGCAGAUGAUGUCAUUGAAGGAAUUUCCAUUGAAAAACGAAAUUGUUACAUGGACGGUGAAUUUAGGUUGAAUUACUACAACUAUUACACCUCCUCUAAUUGCAUGGACGAAUGCAUUGCGAAUUUAACAUACGAAGCCUGCAACUGUGUUCGGUAUUAUAUGCCACGAGAUCAUAAUCGAGCAAUCUGUGGUCCUGCCAAGUACCAAUGCGCUGAAGAUGUGAAACAAAAGUCGUUUAAUCUUGGAGUGAAAAAUAUUUGUCAAAAUUGUCUUCCGACGUGUACGGAAAUAAAGUAUUUUGCAGACGCCACUUCCACCCCUUUCAGGAGACGAGUUGACCUUUGGGCAGAUGAAUACAACAAAUCUACAUCUUGGGCAAAAAGUAACAUUUCCAUUAUUCACGUUUACUUUGGUCAAGAUUCGUCAUACGCACGUGUUAGAAGUCAACUAUACGGUUUUUCGGACCUCGUUGCAAAUUUUGGAGGAAUCAUGGGUCUGAUGUGUGGUUUCAGCGGAUUAAGUUUCAUUGAGCUAAUUUACUUUUUCUCUCUACGAGUCUGGUUUCGUCAGAGAAGGAAGCGUCACUUGCGACAAAAACAGGAGCUUCGAGAGGCGGCGGAACGUGACCGUGAAACCGCAUUGGCUUAUCUGGGAGUCGGUUUAUCUUCCUCACGACGCGCCUCCAUCGAAUCUGCUCGGUCCAAUGCCAACAAUUCCAUUUCCUUCAAACCCAUCUCACUCGUAGCCAACAGUGCAAAUGAGAAGGACGUGGACAGCCUGAGCAGUGGCUACGUGUCCAACUCCCCCACAAAUUUAGCGGACAAUAAUGGAGACGAUGUGGUCGCUGUUUCCAAAUUUUGAUUAGAGUUGAACGAGACAAGUCCUUACUUUUCUCCUUGUACAUUAAAUACAUUAUAAAAUGCAACUUUCCUUUCCAUCAUUUUGAUACUUUUUCUGUAUUAUCUCUCGAAUAAAAUAGUAUGUAUAAUGAAA